AUGAUCCCUUACACGGUCAACAUCAAGCUGGCGGCGCGGACGUUGACUGGCACUCUCAAUUUGCAGAAUAAGCCCGCUGUGGACUGGGGUUGGCAGGGGCUUAUUGCUCAGGGAUGUCACUCCAGUAUCCUCAUUAUCGACCCAAAGACCUCACAGACCAUUCAAGUUCUGGAGAAACACAAAGCUAAUGUUGUCAAGGUGAAAUGGUCGAGAGAAAACUAUUACCACAACCUAAGCUCUCCGUACUGUCUGCGAUUGGCAUCAGGCGAUGCCUCGGGGAAGAUCAUAGUGUGGGACGUGGUCAGUGGGACGGCCCAUUGUGAGAUACAGGAGCACUCCAAACCCAUCCAAGACUUGGAGUGGCUGUGGAAUCAAGAUGCCUCACGGGACCUCCUCCUGGCUGUUCAUCCUCCAAACUACAUUGUCUUGUGGAAUGGAGACACCGGGACCAAACUCUGGAAAAAGAGCUAUGCAGAGAAUAUCCUCUCCUUCUCCUUCGACCCCUUUGACCCUUCCAACAUGGCCUUGCUCACCAGUGAAGGUAUAGUCUUCAUCACAGACUUCUCACCGUCUAAACCUCCUGGAAGCACGGGGAAAAAAGUUUACAUCGCCAGCCCCCACGCCAGCCCUGCCAAACCUGCACCUGCUGUGACCCCUGCUCCCACUGGAGCCAAGAAAGCCCUCAACAAAGUCAAAGUCCUCAUCACCAACGAGAAACCCACUGCUGAGGCUGUGACGCUGAACGACUGUCUACAGCUUUCCUACCUUCCUUCCAAAAGAAACCACAUGCUGCUGCUGUACCCCCGAGAGAUCCUCAUCCUGGACCUGGAGCUGAGCCAGACGGUGGGAGUGGUGGCCAUCGAGCGCUCUGGGGUGCCCUUCACACAGGUGAUCCCUUGCGCACAAAGGGACGCUCUGUACUGCCUUCAUGAAAACGGAUGCAUCACUCUACGCGUGUGUCGCUCCACUUCUACAGAAGAUGCAUCAGACCCAGAGCAGAGUGUGCAGGAGCUCGUGUAUGACCUGCGUUCUCAGUGCGAUGCCAUUAGAGUGACCAAAACAGUGCGGCCGUAUCGAAUGGUCAUCUGUCCUGUUAACGAAAACAAUGCUGCCCUGAUGGUCAGCGACGGCAGAGUCAUGCUGUGGGAGCUCAAGGCACACGCCGGCAAAACCAUAAUCAAUCCCAGUUCUGGCAUGUGCCUCCUGUACUGGCCCCGCUCCCAUCUCUGUGUGGAGUGA